AUCGGGCGAAACAGAUAGCCUGAUAGCAAGACACUUUUGUUUCCUUUUGUCUGAAUAAAAGACCUACUAAUUAAGUUACCACGCUAGGCUAUCUGGGAACUUUUACAACUUUGGCCGUAGUAAAAAGGCAUUAUCGCCAGCAGUAAAGGUAGCGAAAGGGGAAUUAAUGAUUUUGUAAGAGGUCUCACAUUUGUGCUGUCUGCAUUUAUUUAGCCCCUUUUCCUUUGUUUAUUCAAUGUCCUCCAGUAAUGGGAAAAGAAAGUGAAAUUUAAGCAAAAACAGAGAGCAAAUCAAAUGUAAAUUAUUCAAAAGCAGCAGCCUCGUUAUCGUGAUUAGAUUAUUUGUUCAACUCACCACCUGUACUCGCAAGAAAGGAACUUGAGGCACUUUCAUCGCAAUUUCGCCCCCUUUGAAAGCGGAGUCCCGGUGAGAGCGGCCCUGUUUAAAAUUAAAAUCAUUAUUAUUUCAACUUACAAUUGUAAACAACUCAAUUUUACACGUUUAUUUGGGAUACAACAGGGAUACUAUUACACCUAAUAUCCAAAUCCGGCACAUAACUGUAUAUAGCUAGCUAAUUAAACACAGGUACUCCCUGUUUUUACAACAGGAACGUUGCAAUUUGAAGCGAUAUUCGAAAUUUAUAGCCUCCAAAUAUUUUUUAAUUUGAAACAAAUAAAUAGAAUUACCGAUCAAAACAAUUGUUAUUUCGCUUUCCUACAUAAAACUGGACUCAAUUAUAGAUUUUUCUCUCUCAAUCUGCACGUGUAGGCUGACCUCAUAAACUUUGAAAAGCCGUUUUAUCCCUGGAAUAGGAAAAUACUUUUUUAAAAAUUGAAAAGCCGCUCUAAUCUCAGCAGAUGAUAGUGUCUUGUUUAAACAGCCUCUCAAAUUCCACAUAACUUGCUCCUUUCUAAUUGCAUUUCGGAAGUGAAGACAUUUGCUCAUUUUUUGCCUCCGAUUUUGGCUGAAGAGGUCCUAUGCUGUUGUCGAAGCAGAAUCAUCAGAUCUAUAAUCAUUCUGGUUUACCUGGCGUAUAAACAAAUCAGACGAAAAAAAUUCUUGGUGCAUUAUUUGACUUUACUUUUACAACUACCAUUAGAACUUUGUAUAAUCAUCAAAUAAUCGCUUCGGAUCUGGUGCUUUUGAACCAUCAUAAAAUUAGUUCAAAACGAAUCUUAGAUCUGCUUGUCUAAAGGCUUUAGCAAGUCCAACCCAAGAUAACGUAUACAUGCAUGCAAUCAUCUCCACUAAUUACCAUUACUCGAGCAAACUUCGUCCAAUAGCAGGACUGCACUAUACUGCUGAUUUAUAUGCACACAGGCUGGUCUCCUAUUUUUCUUGAAAAUCUCUAUAAUAGUGUUUGUCAGAAAACCAUCGGGGCUCGAGGGCACAAGCCUAAUUCAAACCAAAUAUUCGGAACUUUGUUUAACUUAAUUUCAAAUUACUGUUUCGUCAUUUUAUGCUUUAGGCUGUUGUUCGAAGCAGCAAACCCAAGAUAGAUCUGGUCACUUAAGACACCACAAAUAACUGCUUAUAAACAAUUGUUUAUGUUUUUCUUCUGUUUAUUCAAGCUGCAACUUCGAGGCAAUAUAGCGAUCGUUCAAAUUAAAAAUCGGCCAUACCAUAGCCCAAAUUGUUAACAGGAGUUUGCAAAAUCUGAGCAACUUCAAGUCGAAUAUACAAUCCACAUAAAAUAUAAAUCAGCAAUAAUGGAUCACGUGCAGAUACAACAACAGAUGUCGCUGAUUAGCAAAGAUCAAAUUUACCCUCAUGUUGUGGAAAAAGUUGGCAACCGAGUCCGGCCAGAAUCAACUCAUCGCGCCGAACGUCAAACCAUAGAAAAUUGGCAACAUACCUCCAACCAAACUGUAAGAAUCGAGGCACAAAAUACAGCGUCCAAUAAGCCAGAUGACCAACUACGGCAGUUACCUUUGGAGGCCACAAAUCAUUUCGCUACACUGAUCCAGAACCAGUACCUCUUCAAACUGAAUCCAGCAGUAAUCCAAGCACAGAAAGACAUCAAAUGUGCAGAAAUGAGUGAGUCAUCACAUUUAUUGGAUGACAGAAAACGAAAAAACAACCAUGAUGAAUCGACCGACGAGAAAGAGAAGUCAUGUCGUGGCGGCAUGAAAAAGAACGACGUCCCGAAGGGUUCAUGCCUGGAGAUACAAACCGUUCAACUGCCUAUGAUGUUCACUGCUGGUGCCCCUGUGCUGCUAGAGGAUCUACUCUGCAAAAGCGAGGUGUCAAUCAUUCGCAAAAGAAACGAAUUUUUCAGACCCGCCCUCAAAGUCAUCAACAGAAGCCCCGCCAACCAACCACCCUCCCACCCCCACGUGCCCUCAAUAUCCGUCACGCUCAACCUUCUUGAGAACGAUCAUGCAUGCCUCUCUCAAACGAAGAGAUCAAAACUUCAUUUGCAAUCAAUAAGUUGAACUUCUAUUUUUCUUUUUAGUGGGUUCAUCUUUCUAAGCUUCUUUACAUUACGCGUGUACAAAUUAUCUGAACAUAAGUAUAAAAAAAGUUUUAAUUAUUUCAUUCAUUCACAUUUUUACUAAAAAGACUUGCAUCUCUCUUCA